AUGCGCAGGUCGGCGCUCGGCAAAUCUGCGCCAACCCUCUCCGUCCACGUGAAGGAACAAUGUGCGGUCUCCCGGAGACCAUCGCGCCUGCCGCCGCCGCCGCCUCACCACAGGUUGUCGCUUGUGGUGGGCUCGGGGCGGUGCAGCUCCCCCGGCACGGGGCCCCUGUCCCCCGCCGAGGGCCCGCGGUGGCCGCACGCGCACCACGCCCACCCGCUGCACCACGCGCUGCUGUCAUCGAGCGUGAAGCGCGGCAAGGAGAUAGAUGGCAGGAGGUGGUCCGUGGCUUCCCUGCCCUCGUCGGGCUACGGGACCACGCCGGGAAGCUCCAGUCUGUCAUCGCAAUGCUCAUCCCAAGAGCGGCUCCUGGCGGUGCAGGGCGUGUGCGAACCGCCCCGCGCCCCCUGCCCCCACUGCCACCAGCACCAGAACUCGCUCAAUAGUUCUCAGGGCUCCGGGAUGAACUGGGCGUCGCUAUCCGACAGCGGGGGCAGCGGCCACGCCGCCAGGGCCCCCUCGCCCCGUCCCGCGCCCCGCCGCGUAAGGAGUCGCAGUCUCAGUUCGCCGUCGCGUUCGCCGGGCGGCGGCUCCGGCGGAGAGAGUGCGCGCGAGGACGCCGUGACAGCUAUGUCGGCCCUCUUCGCGGCGAGAUUCCCCGCCGCCCAGAAGCACAUGGAUGACAGACUUUGCGCCCUCAUCGAGGAGUUGCUGGAGCUUGACAAGAAGCCAGAUCGGCCGCCCAUUGAGAGAUUUGUUCAGCGCCAGGUGUUGGAGAUGGCGCGCGACUGUCUCCACAAAUCCGAGUCGAAGCAGGUGACCAGCAGCUAUUUCUACGACAUGGCAGACAGCUUGGAUAGGCUGCUCGCUGAAACGCGCGAGAAGUCAUCAGAGGCGGGUGCACAAGUAGCCCCGUUGGUGACGCGGUUGGUGCUCGCGAUGGCGCGCCCGGCGCGGCUGCUCGAGUGUCUCGAGUUCGACCCCGAGCGCUUCUACCGGCUGCUCGAGGCCGCAGAGGGGCACGCGCGGCAGUCGCAGGGCAUCACAACGGACAUCCCCCAGUACAUAAUCCACAAGCUGGGCCUCUCAAGGGAUCCAUUGGCGGAACUGCACGCCCCACCGCCACCACCGCCGCCGCAGAACUCUUCGCCCUCCAAGUCCCGCGGUAGGCAAUCGCCGCCGGGCGCUCCGCCGGGCGGGGCUCCGCCCUCGGAGAGCGACUACCACGUCAUCAAGCUGAUCUCCAACGGGGCGUACGGGGCGGUGUACCUGGUCAAGCACAAGCUCACCAGGUACGCGAUGAAAAAGAUCAGUAAGAACAAUCUCAUACUGAGGAACCAAGUGGAGCAGGCCUUCGCUGAACGGGACAUCCUCAGCUUCGCCGACAAUCCUUUCGUGGUGACGAUGUACUGCUCGUUCGAGACGAAGCGGCACCUGUGCCUCAUCCUGGAGUUCGUGGAGGGCGGCGACUGCGCCACGCUGCUGCGCAACGGGCCCCUGCCGCCGGACAUGGCGCGCCACUACUUCGCCGAGGCGGUGCUGGCGGUCGAGUACCUGCACUCCUACGGCAUCGUGCACAGGGACCUCAAGCCGGACAACCUUCUCAUCACGGCAACUGGGCACAUAAAAUUGACCGACUUCGGGCUGAGCAAAAUGGGCCUUAUGUCAUUGGCGACCAACCUGUACGAGGAGUACGCGGACCGCGAGGCGCGUCAGUUCUCCGACAAGCAGGUGUGCGGAACGCCGGAGUACAUCGCGCCGGAGGUGAUACUGCGCCAGGGCUACGGGAAGCCGGUGGAUUGGUGGUCGAUGGGCAUCAUCCUGUAUGAGUUCCUGGUCGGCUGCGUGCCCUUCUUCGGGGACACCCCCGAGGAGUUGUUCGCGCAUACUGUGAACGACGACAUCGAGUGGCCCUCCGAGGAGGACUUCCCGAUAGCGGCGGAGGCGCGUGCGAUCAUCACGGAGCUGCUGGCGAGGAACCCGCGCGACAGGCUCGGCACCGGCGGCACGCACCAAGUCAAGGAGCACAUCUACUUCUACGGUCUGGACUGGAACAAUCUUCUGAGACGAAAGGCUGAGUUCAUACCGCAGCUGGAAAAUGACGAGGAUACUAGUUAUUUUGACAGCCGCUGCGACCGCUACAACCACAGCGAGGCGGACACGGACGAGGCGGCCGACGGCCCGGAGGCGGCGGACGACGCGCUCUUCGCCGCCUUCUCGUCCACGUCGCCGCAGUGGCGCCGCCACUACCACCACUCCCACUCCCACUCGGCGGUGUCCCACGACUCGAGGAGCACGGACAGUUGGCCGGGAACGCCGGACAGCGCUGGGCCCCCCACCACACCCACCGCUCCUCCCCACCACCACCCCAAGUGCCCGAUGGUGGGCGCCGGCGGAGGCUCCACUGCGGAGUCGUCUCAGACGGACUCCGACGACGUGUCCCCGGCGGCGAGGCGGCGAGCGGCCCUCCGCCCGCCCGCGCUCGCCACGCACGCACACACGCACGCGCACGCACACGCGCACGCGCCGCACGUGGCCCACGCGCUCGCUCACCCCCACCCCCAUCCACACCCGCCCAUGCUGCCGCGCAUAAGCGACACCUCGAAGCGGGAUCUGGACCGGGGCGUGGACAAGGUGGACAAGCCCGAGAAGUCCAAGCCCAUCGCCCUGGCGGCGCCCAAGUCGAUGAGGCGAUCGGCCAGCACCUCCGGCCUGUCGCUGGUCAUCCAUCCAGCAGACGAGAGCGCGGGCGGCGGCGGCGCGGCGUCCCCCUGCGCCGGGAACACCUCCUCGACCAACUCCUCGCGAGACUCCUCGCCCUGCCGCGACCCGCCAUCGCCCUUCGCCAUCGCCAACCACUCGCUGAUCCAGUCCUCGAAGCCGCCGAUUGUGGUGCGCCGAGGCCCGCGCGGCUUCGGCUUCACUAUCCACACGGUGCGCGUCUACUACGGCGACUCCGACUACUACACGAUGCACCAUCUCGUCUCGGCUGUAAGCGAGCAAGGAGCGGCGUGGGCGGCCGGGUUACGCGCGGGCGACCUCAUCACUCAGCUGAACGGCGAGUCCGUGCAGGGAUUGCUCCACACACAGGUGCUCAAGUUGCUGCUGACGGCUCCGCACGCCACCCUCCGCGCCACACCGUUGGACCAGACGACCAUACAGGCCGGGGGGCGAAGGCGCGCGGGCGGGCGGCGGGCUUCCGCCCCCCCGAGGCCCCGCCCCCGGCGCCGCUGCUCCCUCUUCCGCCGCAUCUCCACCAAGCGCGCCUCGCAGGAGAUGCACCAGAUGGUGUCGGCGGCCGGCAGCGGCGAGUGCCCCCCUUCGCCCGCCGCCUCCCCCGCCGCCGACAGCCCGCUGCACGCGAACACGCACUACCAACGCCCGUCGUCGCUGCACGGGCUGAAGCACAAGCUGGGCGCGGGCGAGGUACGGCGCGCCUCGCUGCAGCACAUGCCGCUCUCGCCUCUGGCCAGGACGCCGUCGCCGUCGCCGCAGCCGCAGCCCGCCUCGCCCACCAGAGUUCAAGUUCCUCGCCCACCAGGUGAGGCCGCGCGAAUCUCGACCAUAAGGUUGCCUAAGGUUGUGGCUCUUGCCUUCAGCCGCGCGAAUCUCGACCUACGGGCGAUAGACAUAAGGUUGUCGACACGGUCGACGGUACCUUUCGCGCUAGCGGUUUUCACACACGCGCUCCUGCCUUUAGAGUUCAUGUUCCCCGCCCACCUCGUGACCCACGUUGGGUGCGCGGUCUUGCGUUUUAGAGGUUCGCGAGCCCGUCGCUCGCUGGUGCCGCGCAACCGGUGCGAGGCGCGCAGCCCUUCGCCGCUGGCGGCGCGCGAGUGCGGCCGACGCGCGUGGCCGCGCCGCGACCCCGCCUCGCCCCUCCUCCGGCGCGCCCUCUCCCCCGACAGACUGCACCCGCGCUCGGCCGAGGCCAAGUGCUCCAUCUCGCCGCUGUGCUGCGGCGUGGGCGUGGGCGUGGGCGGCGCCUCCAGCGGUGGGAGUGGGCGGCGUGGGGCUGGCUGGCGCGCCCCCGCCCCCGCUCCCCCCACUCCGCCGCCCCCGGAGAAGCCCGACGAGCCGCCGCUGCCCAGGAUCGCCGAGGAGAAGGACUCGCCCACUCACCAAGCUGCCCACUCCAGGCUGCCCACAAGGACACCGGCGAAACAGAGCACGCCCAGCAUCUUCACGUCGUCGCCGAAGAGCGUGGACAAGAGCGCGAUGGACGCGAACGCAUCUUUCGCCUCGCUCUCGCUGUCCGACGAGUCGUUCGUCGACAGCUCCGUUGACGUGUCAAAUCUGGACACCUCCAGGGAGGCACUCUUAGUCGACAGCAGAUCCAGCGUGGAGAGCAGCGCACCCACAUCGGAGAUGAGCAAAAACAUCAUCACCACUUUCGAGACACCGUCGUCUAUGAGUCAGAGCGACACACACUCGAAGACCAGGAAGAAGUCCGACUCCAGCCUGAAAGACGAGGACUUGAAGACGAGAGACAAGAGCAAAACGAAACCCGAGAAGUCGGAACUGAAGAAACAGGACUCGAUCAAGAAGUUGGAGAGGGCCGAAGCGAUAGUGGAAGAGAAGCAGCAGACGCAAGAAGUGCAGAAGAUAGAAGAAAAGCCAAAAGUGGAGAAGCCGAUGGAGAGGGUCGGCUCCGUGAAGAAGUCUGAUAAACAGGACAAGGCCGAAGCGAAAAAGGAGAAACAAGAGAAAGCGGAAAUGAAGAAGCAGGAGAAAAUGGAGGCGAAGAAGACAGAGUCGGCGAAGAAACUCGAAGGCUUGAAGAGACAGGAGUCCGUAGAGAUUAAUAAGUCGCCGGAGGGCGCGGAGGUGGGGUCGGAGAGCAGGGCGCGGAACAGCAUGGUGAGCAAGCUGCUGGGCGUCAUGGGGCGGAAGGGGGGCGCCCGCGAGAGCAGGGACGACGAGGAGCACCGCGCCGCCAAGAAGCAGGAGAAGCACGCCAAGAAGAAGUCUGGCAACACACAGGCCCCGCCGAGGCAGAACGACCCAUCGCCUUCGGAACGCUCAGCCGAGAAAAACGACAACGUGGAAGACAGGAAGGGGAAGAAGGGUCGCGGACGAGCGUCCAGUUCUUCCUCGCUGGAGAAG